UAUUAAUUAGCUUUUGACACUAAAAUUAAGUCUUUCGUUCUCUCCGUAAAUGUAACAAGAAGAAGAAGAAACACCUUCUAAUUUGCAUUUUCGCUCUUACAUCUGCGCCUUCAAUGCCACCUUCCUCCAUUUCUGAUUUUCCAAUUCAAUCCACUUUUUGUUUUCAUUCCCAUUCAUGUUCCAUUUUACUACACCACGCUUUACCUCUGCAUGCGUGCUAAUCAUUGAGUUCCUCCGUGCCUGCAAACUUCCAUAACCCCUGAAUCGUAGGUUUUCCACAAUCAUCGGAUCCAAGAGCUUUUUCUCGCAAUUCCUUGACACCCAUUUUGCUUCACUCCCAGUAUCAAAUCUUCCUCGUGGCAACAAAGGAAAAGAUGGGCGAGGGAGAGAAAUAUCAAUUGGGAACUAUUGGCGCAUUGAGUUUGUCAGUGGUGUCAUCGGUGUCGAUUGUGAUUUGCAACAAAACGUUGAUGAGUUCAUUGCAUUUCAUUUUCGCUACAACUUUGACAAGUUGGCAUCUAUUUGUAACAUUCUGUUCUCUUCAUGUGGCUCUUAAAUUGAGAUUUUUUGAGCACAAACCAUUAGAGAAGAAAAUGGUGAUGGGAUUUGGAGUUCUAAAUGGAAUCUCUAUUGGACUUUUAAAUUUGAGUUUGGGCUUCAAUUCUGUCGGGUUCUAUCAGAUGACUAAGCUGGCAAUCAUCCCAUGUACUAUUCUAUUAGAGAUCCUUUUUCUUGGAAAGAAGUUCAGUAAAAGAAUACAAUUUUCACUUGUGAUCCUCCUUGUGGGUGUUGGAAUUGCUACAAUUACUGAUUUGCAGCUUAAUGCUUUGGGAGCUUUCUUGUCUUUGCUAGCCAUCAUUACAACAUGUGUUGCUCAGAUUAUGACAAAUACCAUUCAGAAGAAGUUUAAGGUUUCUUCUACUCAACUUCUGUAUCAAUCAUGUAUAUAUCAAGCAGCUACAUUGUUAGUCUCUGGACCAUAUCUGGAUAAACUUCUGACAAACUUAAAUGUUUUUUCUUUCAAAUACACAACAAAAGUGACGAUGGUCAUUAUUCUUUCAUGUCUGAUCUCUAUCGCCGUGAAUUUUAGUACAUUUCUUGUAAUUGGAAAGACAUCUCCAGUAACCUAUCAGGUUCUUGGACAUCUGAAGACAUGUCUUGUAUUGGCUUUUGGAUAUAUCAUUGUCCAUGAUCCUUUCAGUUGGAGGAACAUCUUGGGAAUUAUGGUAGCUAUGGUUGGCAUGAUUAUAUAUUCCUACUGUUGUGCUCUUGAGAGUCAACAAAAACCAGUCGAAGGUGGUGGUCAAAUGUCACAGGCAAGAGACAGUGAAACUGAGACUCUCAUUAACGUGGAAAAUUCAAGUGUAAUUUUGAACAAAAGACCACCUAUCUGGAACAAAGAUAAAGACAAAAACAAAAACUCUCUAUGAACUUUCCAAAACAUCAUGACAAACAUUAAGUAGGCUUAUAGAGCAUUUAUACUCUUGAUUAGGAAAUUUUUCCCACUUAAAUCUCAACAUGUGUGAAUUGUUUCACUUGUUACUAUUAGCUUAAGCAUUAAAUAUAGCCAACCAACUACAAGUGAGGUAAAAAUACAUGGUCGUGUCUUAGUUAUGAUCAAUAAAUAUAACUUGAAAAGUGUUAACUAGAUAUUUUUCACACUCAUGCAUAUCAAAAUUUCAUUUUUGGAUGACUCGGUGUAAGAUUCAAAAGGAGUUGACUAGCAAAAACACUUAGUUAUCAAUAGAAACGAUUCUGGAUUAGAAAAGGAGUUGGAUAAUUCAAUCUUUUGUUGUUCCCUAGUUUUAAUUAUAUACAUCGGGGCAA